AUGUCGAAUUAUAGUGUAAUUUUUAAGGGAUCUGCUGUAUUUAUCGCAAUUUGCCUAUCACUCUGUAUUACCAUUCCCAUACUCCUCAUACGCAAAAUUAACCCAAACGAACGCAAAGACUUUUUCUCGCUGGUGUUUUUACUCGUACCUCUAGGCACCUUCUGCCUAUGGCUACUAUGGGUGAGUAUGUAUAUGUCUCAGAUGAAUCCGAUGAUAAGUCCGAUGCGCGUAAUAUUCAAAAAGGCUGAAAAAAUCGUCGAAAAAGUCUCGGAAAAACCAAAAAUUACUUUAAAAUAUUAA